AUGGAUCGCAACAUUUGCUCAGCCAACUUUAGCUUAGCCAACUUUAGCUCAGCCAACAUUAGCUCAGCCAACUUUAGCUCAGCCAACUUUAGCUCAGCCAACUUUAGCUCAGCCAACUUUAGCUCAGCCAACUUUAGCUCAGCCAACAUUAGCUCAGCCAACUUUAGCUCAGCCAACAUUAGCUCAGCCAACAUUAGCUCAGCCAACUUUAGCACAGCCAACUUUAGCACAGCCAACUUUAGCUCAGCCAACAUUAGCUCAGCCAACUUUAGCUCAGCCAACUUUAGCUCAGCCAACUUUAGCUCAACCAACCUUAGCUCAGCCAACAUUAGCUCAGCCAACUUUAGCUCAGCCAACUUUACUGCCUAUAUGUAUCGCCCUCGUUACAUCGCAGAGCAGAGGAUCAAGACAAAAAGCCGACACGGUACAAAAGCCGACACGGUACAAAAGCUGUCGUUAAAGCAAAACGUCAACACUGCACGGACUGACAGACCAUUUGUAUCUAUCUUUUUGCUGACUGACGAAAGGCUAAAAAACACAUAA